AUGAUCAGCCUUGCAGCGCUUCUGCGGGAGCGGGGAAAGCUGGCUGAGGCGGAGGCCCUCAACCGCCGAGCUCUUGCAGGGCACGAAGCGCACCUCGGUGCGAAUCACCCAGGGACGCUCACCUCCAUGAACAUCCUGGCGCUGCUUCUGCGGCAGCAGGGGAAGCUGGCUGAGGCGGAGGAGCUGCAGCGCAAAGCCCUCGCGGGGCGAGAAACACAACUCGGUGCCGACCAUCCCGAGACGCUGACGUCGAUCAGUCACCUUGCUGUUGUCCUGCAGCAGAAGGGAAAGCUAGAUGAGGCGGAGGAGCUGCAGCGCACAGCCCUCGCGGGGCGAGAAACACAACUCGGUGCCGACCAUCCCAAGACGCUUGAGUCGAUCAGUCACCUUGCUGUUGUCCUGGAAGAGCAGGGAAAGCUAGAUGAGGCGGAGGAGCUGCAGCGCAAAGCCCUCGCGGGGCGAGAAACACAACUCGGUGCCGACCAUCCCGAGACGCUGCAGUCGAUCAGUCACCUUGCUGUUGUCCUGGAAAAGCUGGGAAAGCUAGAUGAGGCAGAAGGUCUCUACCGCCGAGCCUUGGAAGGCCAAGAGUCCCAAUUGGGACCUCAACAUCCGGACACGCUCGUCUCGGUUAACAACUUGGCCAUGCUCUUGGAGAGGCAAGGCAAGUUGGAGGAGGCGGAGGAGCUCCAUCGCAGGGUCUUGACGGGACGGGAAGAUCAGCUGGGCCCCGUGCAUCCGGACACCCUCACCUCCGUGUGGAAUUUGGCACAUCUUCUGGAGGACAAAGGCUCCGUCACAGAGGCAGGGCAACUCUAUCUCCGCGAGCUGCGCGGCCUGGAGGAGCUGCAUGGUCCGGAGCACGAAAAGACCCGAGGGCGUCGCCGCAACCUGGAGCGAUUCCAACGACAGCACGGGCCAAUUGAUUAA